AUGGAGGAAACAAUGGUUAUUAUUGUGGGAGCAGGCCCUGCAGGUCUAGCCACCUCGGCUUGCCUGAACCGCCUUUCGAUCCCCAACAUUGUGUUGGAAAGAGAGGAUUGCUAUGCUUCUCUUUGGAAGAAAAGGUCAUAUGAUCGCCUCAAACUUCACUUAGCAAAGCAAUUUUGCCACCUUCCAUACAUGGAUUCCCCCCCUAAUGCACCAACUUAUCAACAAUUUGUGCCCAGAAAAGGGUUCAUAUAUUACUUAGACAAUUACGUUUCACACUUCGGCAUAACCCCAAGAUAUCUCCGAUCCGUUGAGUCAGCUAUUUAUGAUUUGGACGCUGAAAAAUGGCAGAUUGUUGUCAAGAACAUGGCGACGACCGACAAUGUGAUCGAGACUGAGGUGUAUACGUCGAGGUUUCUUGUAGUAGCCAGUGGCGAAAAUAGCCAAGGUACAAUCCCUGAUAUCGAUGGUCUUGAUAGCUAUGGAGGGGAAUGCAUCCACUCUAACCAAUAUGAAAAUGGGAGGAAAUUUAGAGGCAAAGAUGUUCUAGUUGUUGGUUGUGGAAACUCUGGCAUGGAGAUUGCUUACGAUCUUUGGAAUUCGGGUGCCAACACUUCCAUUGUCGUUCUUAAUCCGGUACAUGUGCUAACCAAAGAGAUGGUGAAAAUGGCAAUGAUCAUGUUACAAUACCUCCCACGCAAAGCAGUGGAUAAAAUCACUGUGGCGAUUAGCAAAUUAGAAUAUGGGAAGCUUUCGAAAUAUGGUAUUCAAAGACCAAAAAAGGGGCCAUUCCAUCUUAAGGAAACAAGUGGUCGGUCCCCAGUUAAUGAUGUUGGAACCAUUAGUAAGAUUAAGAGUGAAGAAAUCAAGGUUUUACCUGGUAUGAAAUCCAUCAGAGAUAAAGACAUUGUGUUUACAAAUGGCAUUUUUGCCACUGGCUAUAAAAGCACAGUCAGAAAUUGGCGUAAGGGAAGCUAUGAAAGUUUUGAUGAGAAAGGAAUGCCCAGAAAAAGCUUUCCGUAUCACUGGAAAGGGAGAAAUGGAAUUUACAAUGUUGGAUUUUCAAGAAGAGGACUGCAAGGUAUUUCCAGCGAUGCACAAAAUAUAGCAAACGAUAUAUACUCCAACACCACUUUAAUUUGCAGCACUUAUAGAAUGGGGUUUCGUAUAUUGAUGAUGAUGACCUUUAACACAGUUGUGGAUGUUCUUGAGAGUGGAAUCUCAAUUUUUGACACUGGACCUGGAAUGGACAACAGUGAUGAAAACUCUAUUGUGAAGUGGGGAAAGAUGGGUGCCUCGCUAAACAGGUUAUAUAAACAACAGGCAAUAGGGUGCAAGCCACCAUUCUUAGUGUUAGAAGCUCUCACUUUGGCUUUCAUAACAAUGCAUCCCUUUUUUGGCAUGUUUGGAUAUGGAGGACCUAUUGCAUCUAUGAAUCUAGGGAGCUGUGUUGAAGUCUCUUCCAAGACAAAACAAUCCAAGAAAGUUUACAAGUUACAUCUUGCACGAGAGGCUUUACUUGGCAAUUCUGGCUCUGAAUACGAUGGAGGCAUUAGGGAUCCUCUUGAUGAAGAAAUCAAGGAGUCACCCAUGGAAGCUUUACAAAGGUUUACUCUUCAUAUGAUUCUUCACGGUGGUGAUAUUAAAUCAGAGUGA